UCCUGGGGGAUGGGGGGCGCAGCCCUCCUGCUCCUGCUCGCGGGGGCCGCGGCCCCGAGGGAGACCCGGGCGGGCCCCCACUCCGUGAGGUUUUUCUCCACCGCGAUGUCCCGGCCCGGCCUCGGGGAGUCCCGGUGCAUCAUCGUGGGCUACGUGGACGACACGCAGUUCGGGCUGUUCGACAGCGACUCCCCAGGCCAGAGAGUGGAGCCGCAGGCGCCCUGGGCGGGGCAGCUGGGGCAGGAGGUGUGGGACUGGAGGUCGCAGAUCGCAAGGCACAGCGCACUGUGGUCCCGAGCGCACCUGGACGCCCUGCGCGGCCUCUACAACCAGAGCGAGACCGGCUCUCACACCUUCCAGUGGAUGUCUGGCUGCGACGUGGGGCCCGAGGGGCGCCUCCUCCGCGCGUACAGUCAGUUCGCCUACAAAGGCGCGGAUUACCUGGCCCUGAACGAGGACCUGCGCUCCUGGACCGCGGUGGACACGGCCGCUCAGAUCACCCAGCGCCAAUGGGAGGCGCAGGGUGAGGCAGAGAAAUUCAGGAACAAUUUGGAGGACUGGUACUUGUGGUGGCUGCGCAGAUACCUGGAGUACGGGAAGGAGACUCUGCAGCGCACGGAUCCCCCAAGGACACAUGUGACCCACCACCCCACCUCUGAGCAUGAGGUCACCCUGAGGUGCUGGGCCCUGGGCUUCUACCCUGCGGACAUCACCCUGACCUGGCAGCGAGAUGGGGAGGACCUCACCCAGGAGAUGGAGCUGGUGGAGACCAGGCCUGGGGGAGACGGAACCUUCCAGAAGUGGGCGGCUGUGGUGGUGCCUUCUGGAGAGGAGCAGAGAUACACGUGCCACGUGCAGCAUGAAGGCCUGCUGGAGCCCCAGGUCCUGAUAUGGGUGCCCCCUUCUCAGUUUUCCAUCCCCACCGUGGCCAUCAUUGCUGGCCUGUUUCUCCUUGGAGCUGUGCUCACUGGAGCUGUGGUGACUGCAGCUGUGAUGUGGAGGAAGAAGUGCUCAGGAUUAAAAGAUUCCAUUAGGUCUUCUGACCUGACUGCUCCCUGGUCUCACAUGAUGUUUCUUCCCACAGAAGGACAAGGAGGAAGCUACACUCAGGCUGCAGGCAGUGACAGUGCCCAGGGCUCUGAUGUGUCUCUCAGCCCCUAAAGCAUCUUUUAAAAUGAAUGUGAUAAGGGCUCCUCCCCGGUGGCGCAGCGGGUUGAGCGCAUCUCUGUGAAGCUGUCAGCAGCCACUGCAGCACCAGUUCGAUUACCAGCCAGUCAGGGAGAAUCCCACAUGGUGAGGCAGACCUCUCCUGUCUCUCCCCUGCUCCACUUUCAGUCCGUCUGCCUGUUCUGCUUCCUGCUCUGUCUCUGGUGAACCCUCUCACCCUUCUAUGACUCUGGCCUGUACCCCAGCUCUUAUAUAAAUAAAAAAUAAAAAAAAAUGAUGAAUGUGAUGAGGCUCCUAUUGUUCACACCCUGGACAGCACCUGGUAUUGUGCAGAGUUUGCAUUUUCAGUCUCUCCUGGUUGUCACUGUUCUUAAUUGUGAUAUUGAACAUUUGUUCAUAUUUUUACUUUCCUAUGACUAUAGUUGCUGUUUGUAUGGAAGUUUUGUACAUUUCUACAGAUGAGGUGCUGUUCAUUUAUUACACUAUUUUUGUCUUUAUUAAAAUUGGGUUAUUUCUUUCUGAUCAUUGAGUUUUGGGCAUUAUUUCUAGAUAAAGUCCUUUAUCAGAUUCAUGAUUUGCAAAUGUUUCCCCCAACUCUGUGGCCUGAACUCCUUUACUGAUGGGAAAACAAACACUGUUGCCCAGACAGGAGCAUGGAGAUGUAUAU